UCAUGAUAGUAGUUCUCUUGAGCUUCAUAAUAAUUUUGACAAAUGCGAAGAGUUUAGCGAUGGUCUAACCUCACCUGGCAAACAAGAAAUGGUUGUUAGUAACAAUUCUACAAUAUUGGUUGGUCAGAUUUUUACAGAUUGGCAAGACGUCAAACAACAUAUUGAUACUUAUGCAAUACAGCAAGGCUUUGCAACAAGACUUCGAUGUACAGAAUAUAGUUUAGGCUUUAUUACUAGAGCAGAAAUCAUUUGUUGUCGUGCUGGUGUUGCAAAAAGUAAAAGUUCUAGACAGCGAAAAAUGAAAAGUAUUGCCAUUGAUUGUUCAUUCAAAAUAGUAGUUCGCUGGUCAAAAGAUGCAUAUCAUAUAAGAUCUGUUGAACUUAAACACAACCAUCCAUUGGAUGCUGCUGCAGUUAUAUACGAUCCUGGUUAUCGCAAAUUAAGCAAUAAUGAAAAUAUACAUGUACAAAUGCUCUAUGAUAGAGGUGUACUAGUGCCAACAAUUGUUAAUAUGUUAACUGAACAAUAUAAUAGAUACAUUUAUAAUAAGGAUGUAUAUAAAUCUUUAAAUCAUCGUGCUCGUGAUUAUUAUAAAGGCUUAGACCUUGCUCUUAUUUCUGCAGUUCGAUCUAAAUUAUCACAUGUUAAACAUCAGCUUUGCAUUUGGCAUGUUGAACAAAAUAUUGUUAAAAAUUUACAUAAUAAGCUUAAGGAUAAGUUUAUUGCAUUCAACAAAGAUUUUAAAGCAGCAAUGUUUGAAACUAAAGAGAAACAAUUCGAGAAUCAAUGGAAUUGUUUAUUAACUAAAUACCCAGAAACUAGUAAAUAUAUAACAGAACAAUAG